AAGUGAGGUAAGCGAUCGUUCGGGAGGAGACUGUGACGGAGACAUGGAGCGUCCGAAAAAAAUCCUGUGUAUAGGUCUGCAGAGGGCCCCUGGAUAUCACAUGACAUAAUGCUGGGGCUUGGAGCUCUAGAAAGAAGCCAGCUGCUUAAUCUGGAGUCCCCUGUGCACAGAACAAUAGCAGAAAUCUACCCCGUAUUACAUGUUCAAUUAAUCAACAGUCAGGACCUGAGAACAAACCUGGGGCAGAAACCUCUGGUGUCUGAUGUGCAUGAGAGAAACAGGGCAAUUAGUAGUGACGAUAAAGACAGUGAGCAUAUUCCAGCUCCUGAGGGAAUUGGUGAGACUGGGGACCAAGGGUCCAAGGACUGGGACAUCAUUUCUGUGGAUGUAAUGUUGGGUACUGUGGAGAGAGGAGGCUCUCUGGAGAUCUCUCCAGCUACUCAGAGGUUGCUACUCCAGGAAUCGGUGGAGCCUUCUGCCCUUCAUGUUGCUACAGGUUUUCUUGACAUCUCUAUCCAUUCAGAGCAUCCAGAUCUGCUGCCUAGAAAAGAUGAGGAAAUAUUGGAUGAUUCUGUGCUCCAGAUGAGUGCUAAAGCUGCAGGUAUGGUAGCCAUGGGAGCUGGGGCAGUUGUACAUUCAGAGCAGAGUGAGAGAGUCUGUAUUCAUCAAGCUGAUACUCACAGCAAUGAAUGCCCAGAAUCUGAUUCCACAGACAUUUUGUCACAAAUGUCCAACUUAAUCACCACACAGCCCCAGACUUUGUCAGGCAAUUCCUCUGAGGAACAUGUUAACCAGGAAAGCUCUGUAUCAACAUCGUACAGUGACAAAUUCUUCCCAUUAGACAGCAAAAGUGACAUAGACGCAGCAAGCAGUGCUUUGUGCCUUGAAGAUCCACACUUGCCACUUCACUGUAGUGCACUUAACACAUUAAAUAAUGUUUGCUCUAAACCUACUGAUCCUUCCAGCAAGCCUGUAGAGUCUGAAAUAAUGUGUAUUACAGAGGAAGCUAAAACUUCUUCCUUUUUAUCAGAGAGUUUGAGAGCAUGUGUGCCUGACAAUGAAGUAGAAACUAAUUCUGGAAAUGUUUUGGAACAUGCUGUGCUUGUAGACAGCAGCUGGAGCUCAGGGAUGUCUGACCAUCAGAUGACUGAGAAUGUAUCUUCUACAAACAGCCAAAAUCACCAAUGCAGUGAAGCAUGUCAUUUUUCACCAAUACACACCAAGACUGCUGAUGCAUGCACAGAACAUGUUAUUCCACAGGACUCCUCAAAGUCCUCUGAUAUUGUAACAAGCCAUCAAUUACUUGUAGAAGAGAUUAGUGAAGCAGGUGAUGCUUUAGAGGCUUCAUCUAACAACCCAAGCCAGGCAUUGACUUUUGAACAUGUGUUAAGUGCCAAAGCAGACAGAGAAGAAUGCCCUUGUUCACUGUCCACUGUUGAAUGCCGUAUUAACAACUUGGAAGGCUCCAUUGAUUGUAAGAAGCAGUCUAGCUUAGUCAGAGACGCCGAAUGUUUAGCAUCAUGUAAGGAUAUAAAAGACUGUUCUAUGGAUAUGGACCACAGUCCUUCAUUACCAUCAACAAAACAUUGUGAAGAUAGUCGAAGUGGUUGUUACCAAACGAUUUGCAAGACACUAGCAACUGCAGCUCAAGGUGUUUGUGAAAGUUUGCAUGGGAAUCCUAAUCACUUGAAAAUGACAGAAGAACUGUGCCAAGUACAAGACACCCAUCUACAUAAACACAAGACUAGCAAUGAAGCGUCUCCAGUUACUUUUGUAGUCCACACCGUGCAAGAAAAUGAGGAAACGUCAUUCAAUAGUAAGGGAAUCGAGAGACUAGUUACUUGUUCCCAAGCACAGCUACAGAGCUCUUCUAUAUUUGAACUCCGUAACCCAAUCAAUCCAGCUCUACUUACAGUGGAUGCCCAUUCUCUGAAAUGCGAAGACAUAGCCUCAAGUGAGAGUUUAGCUUCAACAGGAAUAAACACAGAAUCUGGCAAAGUUGAUGAGCUGCUCCAACAAAUUGGACCUCCUGAAAUAAAUAUUCAUGAACUUUCUAGGGAUAGCUGCUGCAUGCUGUCUAGUCAAAGGCAGGACACACUUACAGAAGCACACUUGAAAUCAAAUUCCAUGAAGGAAGGGCCUUAUCAGAGCACAGGCAGCAAAAAGUUUGCUCUGACCAGUUGUGUUGAAGCUACUCCACUGAAUGCACUUGUACCUUACGUAGAUAUUUUGGGAUCAUUAGUUGUGCCGAAAGUACCAACUGUACAGUCAAUGGAGACUUCUGAACCUCUUCUUUCUUUCACAUCAAACAUUCUAAGUUUGGAACAGGAGAUAUUGGAUGACAUAGUACUCAGAACUGACAAAGGGCAGUACUUUUUAGAGCAAUCUUCAUUGGCUUUAACUGGAAAAACGAGUGAUCAGAGUAUGGAAGUAGAGUGUAUUGAAGAACGGGAACAAAACGAACCUUGUCUCCCUGAAUACCCGAUGGCUGACUAUCCCAAUUUGCCUGUUGGAAAUGCUACUAAUUCAUUGACUGAGAAGUCUAAUUGUCCACAUGUCCAAACUAAUGUGAAGAAAGAAAAACAAGAAAAUUCCCAAAUGGAAGUUCCUGCAUCUGCAGAGGUGAUUUAUCAGCCCGCGUUAUCACCAACAGAUCUUGUAGAUGAGAGAGACACUGAUGCAUUAUCUGUUGAACAGGAUAAGAAAUUCUGUGUUCAAACGGAGAAUGAUUUGCUUUUAUUUCAGAGCUAUAAGGAUGUUGACCACUGUGCAGAUGUUUUACCAGCUGGCACGUUUUCCAAUUCUAUGCCAUUCUGCUCUGUGAAACAAAACAAAAACUUUAAUAAGAAGCAACAUUAUAAUAGUACGGUUGUCAACUUACUUACCCCUAUUUCUAAUGUAGUUGAACUUUCUUUAGAUAAACAACUGAAUCAGAUAGGUACACAGUCUAUUGAUUUAAAACCGUACACUGAAUCUAGCAGUACCAACGAAUUGGUGUCUGAAUGCAAGAAAUCUUUCAAAGACUUUUCUUAUGAAGGAGAUCAAGUUUCAAUGAGCAGUAUCCUAUCAGUCACCAGUGAUAAUUUUCCUCUAGUCUCUAGUGUAGAUAAACAGACAUUUGGAAGAACUAAUCAAGUAGUACCUGCUGAAACUGUACAGAAGCAAAUUAAGCAGAAAUGGAUAUGUGCUAAGACACGAGAAAGGGUUUCUGUCCAUAAGGUUCCGGAGCACUUGGAAAAAAAUCUUCUGCAAGAAAAUAUAUCACAAGCCAAAUUGUCAAAGCCAAGCAUUAGCCAGUCUACAUCAUGUGAUGAGAAGAACAUUUCAUUUACAACUAGGCAAAUGAAAAAUAAAUGUAAACGCUCAUUUGAGCACAGAACUGUAAUCCAAUGCCUUGGUAACAAUGCACCACAGGAAGUUAGAGUGCAGCAUAUUUGCAGUAGUCAAGAUGCAUUGUUUGUUGAGCACAAAGGGAUCCUGCAAGCAAAUAAUGACAUGUUAAAAGACACUCCAUGCUCAGCCCAAGAUACUACGAGCCUCUACCCUCACCCACUAAGGGAGUGCAGUGACAAAGGAUUAAGUGCCUUCAAUAGCGGCUGUCCUUUAAGCAAGAUCCUUCCCAUGAAAAGACAGCCAAGCCGGAAGUGCAAGAGUGCUCCUGUGCUAGAAUAUGUGAGAGUGCCACGUCCAUCAAAGAUCUGUAAGAGUGCUGCAAUUAUGAAGGCCCCAGCGUUAACUGUCAGUAAAGAUGAUUGCAGAAUCCAACUUGUUAUGGACACUACAUCAAAACUGUUCGGUUCACAAUGUACCACACAGCCAUCCAGUCUUCAAAGGGUACAGAGAGGGGUUGUCAGUGCCUAUAUGAGAAACACAUUCUUUCAAAAAUGCACCAAAGAUCAAACCUUACUGCACCAGUUGUCUUCAAUUGCCUCAAAAUUAAUGACCCCAUUUAAGAGUUCCCGCCAGCAGAAAUAUCCUUGUUUAAGUGGAGCUCCAUUUGGUGGUGUGCAAUUUCAAGCUAGGAAAUUGCUAGAGGUGUUUUCAUGUGUUAAUAUGAAGCUGAGCUCUCCUGCUGGAGAAGUGUGGUCAGAGACUCUAUCUCUUACAGGAGGCAGAGGCCAUCUUCUCUCUCAGCCACCGGAUCUCUUUGCCGCAUGUCCUCCUCACCCAACCAUUAAUAGUAUAAGUAACAGUUUUGCCCUGAAACCCAUUGACCAUACAAGCUUUCCAAUUUCCUUUCAUAUUAAGUUGAAUUCAAAUGAUUUACCAGACUUUGUUAGGGUUCCAUUUUGUACAUCUAAACGUCCAACAAGCACCACUUUGUCACCCCCAUUAAAUGAAUGGACAUUUUCUCUCUCUCUUUCACCACAUUUUCCUGUUACUUCUGAGAAUAUGCAUCUCUUUACUCAGUGUAACCCACACUUUAGACCAUUUGAAGCCCAUGACUCAGGUUCUUGCCACAGAAUAUCUUCCGUAAAAAGAGGCUCUGGUUGCUCAAUUCGUGGCCUUCACACUAUUCUAGCACUUUCAUCUCCCGGGUGUUAUAGGUUAUGGACCAGAAGACGGAAUCUGGGAAGCAGAAUCCCCACCAUCCAACGACUUUCCAUGUCACAGUUUGCCCAGGGUAUACAGGAUUUAAAAUCACAAGUUUUACCAACAAGGAAACCUUUAUCUUUGCCCUAUUCUCUUGGCCGUGUCUUAUCUACAUGGAGUCAACAUGGCCCAUCAUCUUCUUCAUCUCCCACUGAUUUCACCACCCCUCAUCUCAACUGCAGUGUAUGGCAUCCAGGUCUCCUCUCCAACAUCAGGCAUCCACAUCCAUCAGUUGGCAUUCCUAAACUUCUUUUGAACACUGGGCCAUCAAAAUUGGACAUAUACAGUCUAGCAGAGGAGAGGUCACUUCAUGCAGUGGUACCAAAGACUUCUGAACAUCAAGAUAACAUAGAGCCUCAGCUGGGAUUAUCUUCUACAACAAAUUCUCCUGUUCGUCCAUUUGAGCAAAGAGAGCUUUUACCUAGUUCAUGUGUGAGAGUCCAAAGCACUAGCCAGGAAGUUGUGAAGGAUGGAUUGGAAAGGAAACCUCAGCGAGUCUCUCAAAUACGAAUCCGUAAAACAGUGCCCAGACCAGACCCAAAUCUUACCCCAAUGGGGCUACCCAAAGCCAAAAGAAUAAAUAAAAAAGAAUUCAGUUUGGAAGAUAUUUACACAAAUAAGAACUACAAGUCUCCCCCUGCAGCCCGUAGUCUGGAAACUAUAUUUGAAGAGCCCAAAGAGAAGAAUGGGAUUUUAGUCUCCAUCUCUCAGCAGAAGAGAAAGCGCAUCUUGGAAUUUCGUGAUUGCACAGUGCCCAAGCUAAAGCGUGCAAGGGGUAAAACGAAAAUUGUUACAGGCUUCAAGCGUGGGCGGAAAGCUGCAAUGGAGGAGGUUCAGCAACUAGAUGCACUACUAGUCAAAAAAUUGAUGGAUCUGGAGAACUUCCUGUUGGAGGAAGAAGCUGUAGAAAGAACCUCAAAGGCUGCUGAGAUACAGAGUUGAAAUUGAUAAACCAAAACCUUUCCAACCCUCCAAUUUAAUAUGGUUUUAUUGAAGAGAAGUUUAGUUUGUGAAGGGAUGAGUGCUUUGUUGGUCAUUAUCUUGCCUUCUAUGGUUUUACGGGUAUCAUGAAUUGCCCCAUACAGCUAAAUGGGAAUCCAAAGUGCAGUUAUCGAGGAUAGUUUUGUUCUGCCAUUAAAGUAUGCUCAAAGUAAAAUAUCCAUGUUUGAGCAAUCUACUAGCCUAAUGUUCUGGACAUUGGAGACACCACAUGUCCUCUAAUAUGUCCUUAUCAUUAAUUACAAUGUCCUAGGCAUUGAGAAUCGCAUUAUGAAACUGGAGCACCAUUGUUUUUGGACUUUUACUUUCACUGUAGAGCUCUCUGCAAUUUCCAUCUUUGCUCUGGUUCCACACUUUUUGGAUGAUCUACUAUUUCACAUUUUAACCUCCUGCACUGGGAAUUGAUGAAGAGCAUUAAGGCACUUCUUUAAAUAUGUCUAUACGUAGUUUUAAAUGGUAAAGUUCACUUUUUUCAUAACCCUGUUAGUUAUUGUAAUCAAGUAAAUAAUAGUUUUUGUAUGCAAAUAAAAGUAGGCCUUCACUCCUUUGGCUUAAUGUACACAAAGUUGUGGGUCCCAGGCCCUGUUAAGAGUUUUAUGAUUUUGUUAUGAGAGUAGUUGGUAUUAUCACACCAGGCCACGUCUACUCUAUUUAAUAAUACCCUAAUACUUCCAUGCCAUGGAGAAAUUAUGCAUAUAAUACUGCCAGUUGAAUAUUAACCAAUAACUGGCUUCUCACCAUAUUCACAUUUCAGAGAUACCGUGGUAGGCCUUGGUACGAGCAGAGGAGGCCAUGGUUUCCGGAUUUUGGCACCCUAGGUUGAUCAUGGAUUUUUGUUGCAGUAAAAAGCUAAAUUACAUUUUUUGAAAGGUUUAUCUUAUAAGGGGUGAAAUGUACUGUAUUCUCUCUAUGGAUUUAAGUACAGUUAAAGGAACACUCCAGGGGUGGAUUUUACCACCUUUUAGUAUGUUAACCAAACGCGGAUUUUAAAAUCCCCUAAAAAGCUCACCUGCAGCUUAUUCUGAAGCCCACAUAGGUUACAAAGGGACCCAAAAACCCGAUUGCAUCAUUGAAACUUUUCGAAGCACUGAGUUGUUUGCACAGGAUCAGUACAGCCAACAGGGCUUAUAUUCUUGUUGCAGUUCCCUGCAGGCAAGAUUUUGUUUCUAUUUAUGUUUUACGAAAAAAAUAAAUUGUGCAUUUUAAAACAUUACUGCUGCACUCUUCCAACAAUCUCACAAUAACCUCAGCGUAUAUUGUUGGAAAAAAUGGAGAACUAUGAGGGAAGAGUUACAUAGUUGUUUGAGGGUGGUAGAAGGUUGUUGGUUUUUGUCUUUGACUGAAUCUGUCAUGAUGCAAACAAGUCUGCAUGAUUAUUUGCAUGACUCUAUCAGUUUUGCUGCCUGGAGUGUCCCAUUAAGCUCCUCAUGCAGUGUAUCUAAUAGAAUGUUUGUUUAUUGCUCGCUUCCUUGCUGUAUGAUUCCAGUGUUACUGUACAUACGGUGACUGGAGCAUUAACAGUGGUGGGGAAAAAACAGCUGAGGUGCAGAUAGCUUCUCUCCUUCUACAUUCUAAAGUUUCUCCUGUCUGGUGUACAGUGACAUUCCUCCUUGCUCUGCUCCCGCUGACGUAGUGAAGCCUUAAGUGAUCUGUGUGUGGUAGAGUGAUAAGAGUGGUGUGCCAUGUGUAUUCUGGAUCAUGCGCUUUCUGUUAAUUUGAGAUAAUUUGUUUGUUUUUAAUUUAUGAAGUUAUAAUAAAUGCCAAUUGCUCA